UUUUUUAUGCAGCUAGCAGUUACAACGGACUCAUGGGUUAUCAUACACACCCGGGAUAAAGGUCCUGUUAAAUUUAUUGGAAUGAAGAGAGAUGCGCUAAGAAUACUUUCUAUGGGGAGGAGAGGCACUUUCCCAGCACGCGCACUGCUGGGCAUGCCGUUUAACGAGUUCCUAGUGUGGUCUCCCGAGGACAAAGCAUUUUCUGUAGGGGGUACAAAGGAGGCACCCACUGCAAAGCAUGCCAAGAAGAAGUUCAACAAGCACUCAGUGGAGAUAUUACUGCGCACACCCACACUGCAUGAUAUUAUUUCUAUGUACAUCCAGAAGGGAGACUUGCACGUAUCCCAUGAGGCAGCAGCUGAAGUACUUUUCCAUGCAAUUGGUACUAAGUAUGUAAUUGUUAAGGAUGACCAUAAGUCAGUCCUUUUAGGCGCAGUUGCCAUGGCACGUGGUACAAAGAAUCUCUACCGCAUAGGAGGAUCAACUGCAGACUUGGCCAUACUUGGUGCACUUGGUCAUCCUAUGAAAAUAGAAGAGUACUCUAUCCCAGUGUGUGACAAGACUGUAUGUGAUGCAGAGGGCGUUAAAUGCCCUGGCAGUGCCAUGGGCUGUGCUGAGAGUGCCGUAUGUGAUUCACCAAGUACAUGCACUGAGACUGCAUCUGUAUGCCCUGACAGUGCCAUGGGCUGUGCUGAGAGUAGGCAGAAGGGUGUCCUUUUAGUGCUUGCACAGAAGGAGAAAUAUAUUGCAGAGGAAGUGGUUUCUCUAUUAAAGAGUAUCCCAUUGCAUAUGAAACCAGAAAGUGCGUAUGUUGAUUUUCUUGUGUACCACCCAGUGAAAGAGGCUCUUCUAGACCUGUUUAAUGCAAUGAUGACUAACAAAUCCUUCUGUCUUCUCGAUUUAAGAGAACAUUUCUACAGGGAGUACCAGGGAACACUCGGUGCAAUUCACCCGACCAUGUCUAAAUUAGGCCAUUCUGGGUUUGUUUUAACUGGCACAUUCCUUGACAAUUAG